CAGACGAUCAAACUGAGUGUCUUAAAAUGAUGCCACGUGGUUACUUAUUGGCUUUGGUCGCCGCCGUGCUCUGUUUUGAAGCCGCCGCCGGCGACUUCAACUAUGGUGAUGCUGUGGAUUUGAGUUUCUUGUAUUUGGAAGCGCAAAGGUCCGGUAAACUUCCGGCGGACCGCCGUGUCAAGUGGCGGGGGGAUUCUGGUCUUAAGGAUGGUCUUGCUCAAGGAGUGAAUUUAGUGGGAGGGUACUACGACGCCGGAGACAAUGUGAAGUUCGGGCUGCCAAUGGCGUUCGUGACGACAAUACUUUCAUGGGGUGCCAUUGAUUUCAAGAAGGAAAUUACAGAUCUGAACCAUAUGGACAAAGCUUUGAAGGCCAUUAAAUGGGGCACUGAUUACUUGAUCAAGGCGCACCCUGAGCGCAACGUGCUUUGGGCACAGGUGGGCGAUGGCGCCUCCGAUCACUUCUGUUGGCAGCGCCCCGAGGAUAUGUCCACUCCCCGAACAGCUUACAAGCUCGAUGAGUCCCAUCCUGGCUCCGACCUCGCCGGUGAAACUGCCGCCGCCUUGGCCGCCGCUUCCAUUGCUUUCAAAUCUUACAACUCCUCCUAUUCCGAUCUCUUGCUCGUUCAUGCUAAAGAGCUUUUCACAUUUGCAGACACGUUUAGAGGAUUAUACGACGAUUCGAUCCCAUGUGCUGCAGACUUCUACAGUUCAUCUGGAUAUUGGGAUGAACUGCUGUGGGCGGCGGCGUGGUUGUUCAGAGCCACCGGAGAUGAAUAUUACUUGAAAUACACGGUAGAUAAAGCGGUGUCGUUCGGUGGAACUGGAUGGGCAAUGAAGGAAUUCUCUUGGGACAACAAAUACGCCGGCGUUCAGGUUCUUCUAACCAAGGUGUUGUUGGAGGGACGCGCCGCCGCUUAUGGGUCCACGUUGAAGCAAUAUCAGGCGAAAGCCGACUAUUUCGCUUGCGCUUGUCUUCAGAAGAACGAUGGAUUCAAUAUCAAUAAAACUCCCGGUGGGUUGAUGUACGUCCGGGAAUGGAACAAUAUGCAAUACGCCUCCGCCGCUGCAUUCCUCAUGGCGGUCUACUCCGUCUACCUCUCCGACGCCAACGCUAAGCUCACUUGUCCCGACGGCGUCUUCGAGCCUAAAGAACUCCUCAACUUCGCGCAAUCGCAGGCCGAUUACAUCCUCGGCAAAAACCCUAACUCCAUCAGCUAUUUAAUCGGCUACGGAUCGAAAUUUCCCCAAAAACUCCACCACAGAGGCUCUUCAAUCGCUUCGAUUUUCACCGAUCCCUCUCCAAUCGGCUGCGUUCAAGGCUUCGAUUUCUGGUACCAUCGCCCUCAAGGAAACCCUAAUGUUCUUCACGGCGCUCUCGUCGGUGGUCCGGACAAAAACGAUAGAUUCGAUGACGAUCGAUCUGAGUAUGAACAAACAGAGCCUACUCUCACCGCUUGUGCUCCUCUGCUUGGCCUGUUCUCCAAAUUGCAGAGCUCUGUUAAUGGCUACCGUAUUCCUGGAUCCCGGGGAAAUCCGCCGCCGGUGAAACCUGAAAAGGAAUCGCCCAACGCCAAUGCCCCUGUGCCAGUAGGGGCUCCAGUGGAGUUCAUCCACACAAUAACAAGCACAUGGAUGGUGAGCAAGGAGAGCUAUUACAGGCACCAAGUGAAGAUCAAGAACACAUCGGGAAAGCCAAUCUCCGAUCUAAAACUGCGCCUCGAAAAUCUCUCAGGCCCUAUUUGGGGACUGUCUCCGACACAACAAGAAGGGAUUUACGAGCUUCCGCCAUGGCUGAGAUUGCUUCAGCCUGGCUCUGAGUGUGUCUUCAUCUACAUCCAGGAAGGUCCUCAGGCUAAGGUCACUGUUUCUAGCUACCAUUAACGAACGCUGAAUUUUCCUUCCAAAUUGGCUUUAAAAAAAAUCAACUAAAACAAGUUCUUCAUCGUAACGAUGUGUUUUUAAAUGAAUUUGUUUUUAUAGUGA